UGCAUUUAAAUAAAAACAAAUUAUGGUUCUUAUUAGUGUAAAGCAUUUGGUAGAAGUUUAGCUUUACAAAUAACUCCAAUUUAUUUGUGAUGGAUCUUUCAUUCUUGUUAUGGAAUUUCACCUCUGCGUGGUAUCCUGGUUAAAACUGUAGCUUAGAGAAUAUUUAUGUGUGGAAAUUACCAUAAACUUCAGAAAAUUUCAGUACUGAGGCUGUGAAGUGCUCAAGGUGCUCUUCAAAUAAUGGUACGGUUUUUAAAAAUACUUCUCUUAUUAAUUCUAGAAAAUGACUUGAAAAGGGAAAGGACGCGUGACAGGGCUGGUAGCUUAGUCAGCUUUCUGAAGAAUGUUUCCAGAGUAACAACUAGAUAAAGCCAAAUUAAAAAGAAAGGGCAGUACUGGGAGGAGCAAGCAUCAGGGGACACCUUCCGUGUUACUGAGUGCACUGAGGACUGAACAGAGGCUAAUAGUUGAGAGGAGCAAGCUGCAAAGCUCCUGUAGAUGAUCUGAGGGACUCUAUAUGCUCUGAAGUCUGUUUCACUGCAAAAUUACAGUGCUUAAUUUAAGCCAACUUCAGCUAUGAUUUUGUGUUGAAGUGGACUAUGAAUGCUUACAUGUCUUCUGCAGCUCAAUGAGACAAGCAGCUAGUGAUGAUACAUUCUUAACCUGUUUCGACUAGAUCAGCCAGAACAUCUUUUUUUAUGCUCUGAGUUGUUUCAGUUCAGUUGCAAUUUGUACUUACCCCAGUCACCAGAAAUUCAAGACCACAUUCUCUAUGAAUUCAUAGUCAUAAGCUACAUAUGUAGACAAAUACGUAUGUGCAUGUAAAAUGCAGCUUGGACUUAGUGCCUUUUUAUUUUUCAGUCACUUUGUUCUUGAUUUUUUUUUUCAUUCUAAGUUUUUAAAGCUAUUAAUACUAUAGCGCUGUCUAGUAAAGAAUUUUUAAUAGCAGAUUGUAAUUUAGAGAAUUGUUUAAAAAAAAAAAGUAGGAGGACAGAUGAUGCUGGUUUCUAAGUGCUAAUUUAAAAAGUAGCUUUUUUUGAGGGGAUAGAAUUAGGUUUAUUUCAUAUUAAAAAGUCAAAUGGCUGAUUUUCAAUCAUCCUACUUGUGAGACAAACGCUAGAAUUGUUCAAAAUGGGAUUUAUUUAUUUUUUUUAACUCAUCUGCUAAUGGUGGAAGUUCAGCUUGUAAAAAAAUAGUUCUUGAUUUCUGGGGAGAAUAAUCUUCAGCUGCUUUAGAAGCUUAGCUUAACUGUGGCACCUAGUAUUAGGCCUAGAAUUCUGCAGAAGAGUUUGAUCGCAAAACUCAACUGAAACAAGAAGAAAGCAUGAUUUUCUGUGGUUCUGGUGUGUGCACAUGGCUGAACUGAGGGCAGAUUCUAAUAUGAUUUGAAAUCUUUAUUCACUGUGCUAGUAGGCAGAACUGGGAUAUAUUCAGAAUGUGUGCAAAUGUGUUGAGUAAAUUGAAUUUCACUUGUUCUCUAAUUUGAAUUAAUUUAUUAGGUUAUGUGAUAAUGCUAUUCGUGACGAGCUCCUGACUCUUGCAGACAUUAUUGUUUAAUAGUGGCAGCUACUCAGAAGCAGUAUGUCUUUUAAAGGAGUAGACCUCCUCUAACUCCUGCUGGGGGAUGGUAUCAAUAAGCAAACGAAAGAUUGCUCAUUAGAUGUUUGAAUCAGGCUGUUACGCUCUUACUAUUUACUUGUUACCGAUCACUUUGUUUCUCUGAAUAUGAAGUACACUGUCCUGCACAAAAUAGCAGUUGUUUACCAGAGUAUUGUUGUAUUCGUAAAGGGUUUAUAAAAAAAGACCAGCCUGAAAGCUGAACAGUUGGAUGCAUCAGUAUUUAGAAACAUUCUUAUCAGAACAGAUUGAAAGAUGAUUAUAUUUAACUAGACUUUUUAUAAGAAACAGGAUUGGAUUCCCUGUACAGUACUGUGAGGAUUUUCUUUUUAAAUUUUACUCCUGUUAGCAGAGGACCUGUAAGAAAUCCUCAGCUGUAACUUUAUGGGAAGUUACACAGUUGUAAGAGGUAUUGCCUUUUACUUCGUUGGUUGCUAUUACAAACAGACCACAUCCACUGCACCUGAAUAAGGUGUCCAUUGUAGCAGACCAAAGUAGACAAGUGUAUCUAGGACACUUUCUUCUGCAUCUGUUUAGAUGAAUUGGCUGUAGAGUUGGUUCCUUUAAUGUCCUCUGGCUGUUCUGACUGGAAUCUGAUGGAAAUUCAUUUGCGCCAAGCGGGUAGAAAUUGCUGUAGUAUGACAGAGUUUCCAAGUUCAACUAAAAAGAUCAAAUUUUAGGGGCAAGAUGAAAUAAACUAACAAGUCCCACAAGUGUCAAUAUAGACAAACAGCAUUGAUGUUAAUGACUCAUCUGUCAUACUCUGUUCCCAAAAUAUAUGCUAAGCCAUUCCUGAGUGGCUGACUUGCUAUUUUAAAAUAUAGAUACAGAUGCAGCAUUGUAGAAUUUUUCUUUUAAGACCUUGAAUAGGCUAAUAUAUGUACAUCACCUCAGUCAGCUAUUUCUCUCAAAAGCUAUGAGAAAUCCCACUGUUUCCUAUAACUGCUUCCAUGUAACUUGGUACUUUUUUUUUUUUUUCUUCUUUUCCUCUGCUUUUGUUUUCUAUUCUUCCUGUAGUUGUUUUGUACUGCCUGAAGGUUUUGAUAGUGUGCAUGGCCUGGAAAGAGUGGGGCAUUGGUUGCUUGUACUGGUGAACACGCAUCUCAACUAAAGCUGGAACAGUAUGCCCUGUUUUAAAAAAUCUUGAUUGCUUUAACUUGAAAUCACUGAAAGCAAGAAAUGAGUAAUUCAGGGCAUGUUCUUCUAUGGUAGCAAUUGCUGUGUUGUAUUGCUUUUGCUUUAAUUCCAGCGUAUUCAGCUGACCUGUCAUCUGUUUCUUCAGCACGUUUAAUAGCAGCUUGGAUCUAUGAAGCUAGUAAUUCUUUCUGGAAAUCCUGUGCUGCACAUCUUCAUGCCUUUAACUUGAGUGUGAGUGGUUUACCUUGAGGUGGCUUCUGCUCCCAGCUGUCCUCCGUGAUCUGAGAUUUCCUCCCCUUCUCCAGAAGCCCUGGGCAACCUGAGCAGCUACUGCAUGGUUACUGGUUCAGACUGCAAGAUUAGGGUAGCAUGAAAUACAUGUUGUGUAACCUUAACAUGCAGGGAUAUAAACUAUGGUGUAUCAGCAGCCUUGUAAGUUUCAAAGCUGUCCUUGCAAUGCGAGCAAGGGUCUGAAAGAGGGGUUAGAAGCUAAACAAGCUGUCUCCAGGUAAGUUUUGCUAAAGACCUGAUUCUUUUUCAGCUGUAUCUGUCAACUUUCCUCUUCCGCAUUCUUUCUUCCAUUAUUUAUUCAGCCUUCAAAUCAGUUUUUCACUCUGUGGCUUAUGUCUUUUGAAGGAAGGAAAAAAAACCUCUGCAUAGAACCAUUCUGGAAAAAAAAAUUUAGUUGGAUACUCAGGCAGCAGACAGUGUGUCAGGUCUGCCUGCAAAAUCAAGCUUUGAGCGGAAAGCUGAGAAACAUAUUAAGAAAAGUCUUUCUCCUGAUUCUUUGAAUUCAUUGAUACUUGCAAAGAAGAAAAAAAAAAUUGUUCCUGGAAGUCCAUUAACAUUAUAAUGCUGGACUUGAAUGCAUUCCCUAAGAAAACAGAGGAGUUACUUCAGAGUGGCAGAAAUAACUGUUGAAGAGACACAUAACAGGAGAGCUGUUAUCUCUACCACUUCUGCCCCACUAAGGAAAUGUACCUGUCAGCAUUGUGAUCUGUUGGUAUCAAAGCAUUUCAUAACCACUUUGAUAUUUUUUUAAAAGGCCUAAUAAAUAGCAACUUCAUAAAUUAUCUUGGUUUAUGUACUGAAUUUAAUUAUCUUUUAUCUGCUGUAAUAAUAACCAGCGUUUAUGUUGGACUUCUGUUGCUGUUUGAAAGAAUUACGUAAGUGUCCUUGUAUCUGGUAAAAGGCAUCUUCAAUCUGAAAUGUUUUACACCUAUUUUUUUUUAAAGUUACCUGUUGAUGACAAUCAUGUUUUUCUUAAAUUUAUUUCCAAGUCAUAGGGUUACAAAAUCUUUACAGAAUUUCUCUACCAAAUCAGUGUGAAUGUGUUAUGCUCUGAGCAAGCACAAAGUGGGUACAUUUGGCAUCCAUUGAUCUCAGCAGGUCAGGUCAGUUGAACCGUGAAUACAUAAUGAUGGUCAGGUACUUCUGGAUGUUUGGGACUAAUUACAUAUAUGCAGUUGAGAUUAGUAUCGUUGUGCUCUUCUGCUUUUGUUUUGACCCAGUAGGAAUUUCUGUUUGGUGCACUGUGAUAAAUUCCAGUCCUGGAGAACUGAUAAUUAUUCCAGAAUGCCAGAAUAAAAACAAGUACGUUCUGAAUAUAACUCCUGGUAAAAGCAAUAGUCUUACUCUGCUUUUAUUUUUUUCUUUCCUACUCAAAGUCCACAACCUUGUGAGCUUUUCAGAAGAAAUGGGGCUACUAUUAUUCUAGCUGAAUUGUUAGGUGAGGCACUAGCUAAUAAAACAAGUAGAAAAAAGCACAGAGAAUUUUUCUGGGUAUUAUUUGUCAGCUGAACUUAUUUGUUUUGUAGUUUGCCGAGCUCUGUGUUAGUCUCCAUGUGUUUUUCUGUGAACCUUUCCUGUUCUCAACUCUUCUAACAAGUAAAUUAUUCACAAAACCCUUUGUAUGCUGCCCAAAACUAUAUGCUAGUUAAUGUGCAGGCUGGUAAAAUUUCAAAGGUUAAGAAUGCUUUGAAAAAUAAGUGCCAUUCACAAAAGCUGUAUCAUAUUUUGUUAAAAAUCAGCUCAACUGCUCAGUGCAGCUGGUGUGCUGAAAGGUCACGCAGCCAUAGCUGUGACUGAUUUGUCAGAUAAAUAGAUGUGAUGGGAGAUGUGCGAGUAAGAAGUCGGGCAGGAUUUGAAACAGAGAGAAGAGGUUCUCAUCCAUACAUUGAUUUCCGUAUUUUUCACUCAAAUUCUGAAAUUGAGGUGUCUGUGUCUGCGAGAAAUGUGAGAAGGUUGCUUAGUUUCCAGCGCUACCUGAGAUCUUCCCGUUUUUUCCGUGGUAUCACUGUUCCAAAUUCUUCAAACAUUUUAGAUGAUGAUUAUAAUGGACAAGCAAAGUGUAUGUUGGAGAAGGUUGGGAACUGGAAUUUUGAUAUCUUUCUUUUUGAUAGACUGACAAAUGGAAACAGUCUAGUCAGCUUAACCUUUCAUCUGUUUAAUCUUCAUGGACUAAUUGAACACUUCCAGUUAGAUACGAUGAAACUCCGUAGAUUUUUGGUUAUGGUUCAAGAAGAUUAUCACAGUCAGAACCCUUAUCAUAAUGCAGUUCAUGCUGCUGAUGUGACUCAGGCCAUGCACUGUUACUUAAAAGAGCCUAAGCUGUCCGAAUCCUUAACUCCGUGGGAUGUUCUGCUCAGUUUAAUUGCAGCUGCCACACACGAUUUGGAUCACCCAGGCGUUAACCAACCUUUCCUAAUUAAAACAAACCAUUACUUAGCAACUUUGUAUAAGAAUACCUCAGUAUUGGAGAACCAUCACUGGAGAUCAGCAGUGGGGUUGCUGAGAGAGUCUGGUUUAUUUGCACAUAUGUCAUUAGAAAACAGGCAGCUGAUGGAAAGCCAGAUAGGUGAUCUCAUUCUUGCCACAGACAUCAGUCAGCAGAAUGAGUAUCUGUCCAUGUUCCGAUCCCACCUGGAUAGAGGAGAUCUAUGUUUAGAGGAUGCGAACCACCGUCACUUCAUUUUACAGAUGGCUUUGAAGUGUGCAGAUAUUUGUAAUCCGUGUCGGACUUGGGAGCUGAGUAAGCAGUGGAGUGAAAAAGUAACAGAGGAGUUCUUCCAUCAAGGAGAUAUUGAAAAAAAAUAUCACUUGGGUGUGAGUCCACUUUGUGACCGACAGACGGAGACCAUUGCCAACAUCCAGAUUGGCUUCAUGACCUACCUGGUGGAGCCACUGUUUGCAGAGUGGGCCCGCUUCUCCAACACGCGGCUGUCGCAGACGAUGCUUGGCCACCUGGGACUGAACAAGGCGAGCUGGAAGGGGGUGCAGAGAGAACAGUCCGGCGGCGGGGAGGAUGCUGACCCUGCCUUUGAGGAGAUGGACUCAGACAUAUUACCUCAGGAACCUCGAUUGUCCUGACCUCAGCCCUCAUGACAAAACUGCCUCUUCUCUCGGUGUCUGCACAGCUGGAUUAAAGGAGAUAUUUGCUCGCCCGAGGUCUUGGUAAAAUGAUGCCAGCAUUAUUUAUUAUUUCCAAGUUUUCCUUCGACACAGACAUUUGAACCUGAUUUUUUUUUAACUGCGAGAUCUGAACAUAGAGCAAUAUGCAUAUGCCUCGGUUGGUUUUCGUUCGGAACCUUGAAUAUGCAAAGCACAGCGGUGACCGAGCCUUGGAGGAACAGUACGAAGGCUUCAUUGUGCCACACCUUUGUUUCUUCUUUAGUGAAAUCUGAAACACGGUCUUCAGACCUAAGACUUGAGAUGGAUCGUUCCACUUCCUCGGAGUUUAGCGAGACUUGCAUGAAUGUGUUGGGAGCAUACCUUCCACUCAGUCCCUGUUUUAAUACGGAAAUGUGAAGUGCCCAUCCUCUGCUGCCUCUGGCAAGACUUGAUGUUUACAAACGUACUCUGAAACUAUGGGUUCUAGACUUAACCUUUGCGCAUGGCUGUGAAGGAACCACUAACCUGGGUUUUUUGCUUUUUUAAAAGAAAAAAGAUCAAAUCCGAGACUGCAGCUCUUGUUUUUUGGAUGCCGGAAAAGCCUCCCAUUUGCCAUAAUUUUGUUUGUGCACUGGGAACUGAGCAUUCAUCAUAGAGCACAGCCAAGCUUUACUCCAGUGCUGUAUGGGAAUGCAGUUUUUUAAAAGCGGAAAACACGUCAGAAUUCGGGAA